AUGCGAGUGGUCUACGAUGCAGGUUGUAAGACUACCCAUGGGAACUCCCUGAAUGAUGUUUUGUUUACAGGACCCAAACUCCAUCUGGAUAUAGUCGACGUUCUACUGAAGUUUCGAAUUCAUUCUAUUGCCUUCACAGCUGACAUUAAACAGAUGUACCGCAACAUUUUAGUCCGUGACACAGAUAGGGAUUUUCAGCGUAUCGUAUGGCGCACUUCUCCUGACGAACCUAUACGUGACUAUCGCCUUCGUACUGUAACUUUCGGAGUUAGUUCCUCACCUUACCUCGCACUUCGUACAAUGCGACAACUUGCGCUUGAUGAAGCCACUCGUUUCCCACGUGCUUCUCAAGUCAUAAUAGGUGACAUAUUCGUAGAUGAUAUAGUGUCAGGCGACAAUACGGAGGCAGAAGCUCUUGCUCUACAACAGGAGUUAAUAAGCAUAUGUCAGGCUGCCGGCUUUACUCUUCACAAGUGGCACAGUAACUCGCCUGCGUUACUCGCUGCGGUUCAGCCCACAAGUUCUCAUGGUGAGCGGCACCAUUACGUACCUUUUGCGGAGAUGGAAAAUGACAUGAAAACUAAAGUACUUGGUCUUCAGUGGAACUCAAAUUCAGAUUCAUUUACUUUCAGUGUUCAAAUUACCUCUAACAAAUGUACUAAGCGUUCGAUUCUUUCAGAAAUUGCUAGAAUUUAUGACCCACUUGGCCUUUUAUCGCCAGUCACCAUUUUUGCUAAGCAUUUAAUCCAGUUGUUGUGGAUAGCACGUGUAGAUUGGGACGAACACCCACCCCAAGAUAUAAUAAAUUCAUGGGCCAGUUUUACUAACGAGCUUCCACUCUUAUCGAAAGUUACUUUUCCGCGACACGUAUUUACCCACACUCAUUCUGUACAACUUCAUGGGUUCUCAGAUGCAUCCGAGAAAGCGUAUGCCGCAUGCGUCUAUCUUCGCGUGCGGGGAGACAUGGGUGCAGUGGAUACUUACCUUCUUUUAGCUAAAACACGCGUGGCGCCUACUAAACGUAUGUCCAUACCGCGCCUAGAGCUCAUGGCGGCCCUAUUAUUAUCUAGAUUAAUGAAAGCUACCUUAAAUAUUUAUGGGAAUUGCAUACCUCGCGAUCAGAUAUACGGAUGGUCUGACUCUUCUGUAGUACUAGCGUGGUUGCGUUCUUCGCCACAUGAGUGGAAAACCUUUGUUUCCAAUCGCAUAACAGAAAUUAUAAGUAAUAUUCCGUAUUGCCGUUGGCGGCAUGUUCCGUCUGCAGACAAUCCGGCAGACGCGGCUUCACGCGGAAUGCUUCCCGCCAAUUUUUUACAUCACAGCAUAUGGUUCCGCGGUCCUCACUUCUUAAAAAAGGAUGAGGCUACUUGGCCUGUUUUCAAAGCUACUCAGACACAAGAAGAAAAACGUAACAUUGCAAUUGUUUCCAAUCCAUGCACUUCUUCUUCCACCAACGACGACGUAGAAAUUAUAUCACGUUAUUCAUCCCUGGGUAAACUGGUACGUGUCACUGCUUUAUUAUUCCGUUUCUAUAAAAAAUGUAAGAAGGUUCAAACCCCUCUUUCUAAACAUAUUUCCGUAACCGAGUUCAAUUUUACUUUGAAUCGACUCAUAUUUCUUGUACAACAAUCCGUUUUUCGUGAUGACAUUUACAACCUUUCUAAGGGAAAACUCCCAUCAAAUCAAUUAAGACGCUUAAAUCCCUUUAUUGACUCAAACAAUUUUGUUCGCGUAGGUGGGAGGAUACAUAAGUCCCUUUUACCAUAUGAAUCAAAACACCAAUUAAUCUUACCUAAAAAACAUCCGUUAUCGAUUCUAAUUAUUAAUUACACUCACGUAUCUCACUUGCAUGCCGGUGCGCAAAGUACACAAUACAUACUUCUACAAAAAUAUUGGAUCUUAUCCGGGCGUGACGUCAUACGGCAAUGUAUUCAUCGCUGUGUCCGUUGUUUUCGAGCAUGUCCCGUGCGCCAGCAGCCCAGCAUGGGUCCAUUGCCUGCCUCACGUUUGCGACCCGAACGACCCUUUCUUAAAACCGCCGUUGAUUUCGCUGGUCCUUUUUACGUUCGAGCUAACAAAGUGCGAAAUGCAAAAAUAGUAAAAUGUUACGUCUGUGUAUUUGUAUGUAUGUGCGUUAAGGCCAUACACCUCGAAAUAGUUUCGGAACUUACAACAGAGGGUUUCUUAGCGGCACUACGUCGCUUCACGUCUCGCCGAGGUUUAUGCAAGGAUAUUUAUUCCGAUUGCGGUAAGAAUUUCAUCGGCUGUGACAGGUACCUAAAGGACUUGUAUGCCUUCCUACGGAAUGACACUGUACAAGGCGCGCUCCAGAAUAAGACUCUGGAAGAAGGAAUAACAUGGCAUUUUCAGCCACCGUAUGCAAGUCAUUUUGGUGGCCUCUUUGAAGCGGGCGUCAAAAGUUUUAAACACCAUUUUCAUCGGGUAGUAGGUCCUCGUAUCCUAACCUAUGAUGAGAUGCAUACCCUACUAUGUCAAAUAGAGGCAGUGCUAAACUCGCGUCCGCUAUGCAUAUUGAGCUCCGAUGCGCAGGAUCCCCUCCCUCUAACUCCGUCUCACUUUCUGAUAGGUGAACCGUUAACAGCUAUCCCCGACGUUUCACUUGUGGAUGAAAAUCCGGGUAGAUUAUUCAGGUGGCGUUUGAUACAACAAUCGGUUCAACAUUUCUGGAAAAAGUGGAGCUUAGAGUAUUUGCAUGAAAUUCAACAACGUGGCAAAUGGUUCACCAAUCGUGGAAAUCCGGUCCGUGAAGGCAUGAUUGUGGUAGUAUGCGAUGAUAACCUUCCACCUUUACAAUGGCGACUUGCGCGUGUACACCAUCUGCAUCCAGGUUCUGAUGGGAUUACGCGUGUUGUAACUCUCCAAAUUGGGAAAACAUAUUUGAAGCGACCAGUUAAUAAAAUUUGUCCACUUCCUAUAGAAUAA